CCGCAAGCCGCUUUCAAGGCUCUACACCUGGUCAUAAACUCGCAUUUCAAUCAACACACCUUACCAACCAUCACCCGCGCCGAGAGGGCGCCACCCUUAUUACCACCAUGUCUCUGGUCAACCUCGCACACGUCUGCUCGCACAUGCAGAACGCCUCCCUCGCGCGCCUUGGCCUCACCUCAAUCCCUCUCUCCCGCAUGCAUCUCUCCCUUUCUCUCCUCCUCCAAAAGCAAGGUUUCCUCUCCACCGUCACCCUCGGCGGACCCGCACCACCAGCAAAACUGCUGCCCCCAGCCCACACCGAAGAAGCCACCUCACCCACGACACAAAAAUCUAUCGUCGAGCAAGUGGAAGAAGUCACACAGCAAAAUCGCGCAUCCCGGAGACUAUGGCUGGGCAUGAAGUACUGGGACGGCGAGCCCGUGUUGAGGAAGAUGAAGUUGUUGUCGAAGCCUACUAAGCGUAUUUGGUUGAGCAGUGAUGAGCUGGGCGAGAUUGUUAGGGGUAAGGAUUGCAAGUUCAUCAGGGGAUUGAGACAGGUUGGCGAGUGCAUCUUCGUCAGCACUGACAAGGGGCUCAUGGAGGCAAGAGAGUGCGUUGAGAGAAAGAUUGGUGGUCAGGUUCUUUGCCGUGUUUGGUAGGCGAAUGCACUGUUGCAACAAGAGCAGGAGAACCGUCUUCAAUUUGCUUGAGAAGAGUCUUGUAAGAAUAUCUGACAUCGACGACGCUUCAUGGAUUAUUGGUUCCUAUUUGUCAUGUACAAAAGCAACUUCGUGUCUUCACACACCUGUCAUCGACACUGUAUUUCUUCGGCGAUGUUCGCAGCUUAUGUCUGAGUUGGGCACAAGCCUGGCUCAACAAUUAUUUGGAAGCUCUAAGACGGGUCGAGGCUAUCAGUACUUCGACUUCCGUCACAGCAAGCCCCAAAAAUAGAACAGGCCUGAUCCUCACCAACGCAGGUGGUCAGAUUCGAUAUCGAGAGAUGUUAUGCCUUAUGUCAGCUAAACCGGCAAUACUGAC